AUGUCUCGAAAUAAUGUGAUAUAUAGACCACCCGAGUCUGAUUCCGAUGAUGAUUAUUAUGAUGGAUUUGCUUUUGGCGACGAUAUUAUACAAAAAACCAAACCGGUAACCAAUUGGCAGAGAAGUAGCGACGAAGAACUCUAUGAAGCAUUAAUAAAAGGCGAUUUGGAGGAACUUAAGCAACAAGUGGAGCUGACCAGAUUCGAUAUCGAUGAGCCAGUUCGAUAUGGUCUUACUAUGCUGCUGCACUCCUGCAAAGAAGGUUUCCUGGAUAUUGUUGAAUAUUUGAUUGAAGAUAAACAUGCCGAUGUCAAUAAGCAAGUUGACUCGAUAACACCGCUUAUGAAUUGUUGUGAUUCGAACUGCAGGGAUCCACUGGUAAUUGAAAAAAUGGCAAGGAUUCUAUUGUUGCACGGUGCUAUUGUCAAUGUAGCUGAUAAAUACGGAACAACACCCUUCAUGCUGGCCUGCAAAAAUGGCCAUACGAAAAUAGUACAAAUGCUAAUCGACGAAGUUAGUUUCGAUGCUGUGGACAAUCAGGGCUGUACACCGAUUUUCCAUGCCAUUGAAAAUAAUCGUGCCGAUAUUGUUAAAAUUCUUAUUGAUGCUGGUGUUAAUUACACCAUUGCCAACAAGAAGGGUUAUACACCAAUACAAGUUGCCCAAUUUCAUGGUUUCUAUGAUCUAUUGGAUAUAUUACCCAAGCAAAAGGAAACCUAUGUGGUACCAUCACAAUUUUUGGGCUAUAAUACCUUACGUGAUUAUAUACCACGUAUUUUCUUGAAGUCUGAAUGUCCGGAAUAUUUUCAAGAAAUCAAUACAAUUCUUUUGUCCAUCGGCAUGGAAAACUAUUUGGAAUAUUUUGCCAAAGAACGUGUACCUCUGUCAGAGUUUUUAUGUAUGCAAGAUCAGCGGCUUAAGGAAUUGGGCAUUGAAUUUCCAAUAUAUCGUAUGAAGAUUAUGAAAGGACUUUUGGAUUUCCACUUGCAUCAUUGGUCAAAGAAAUCAAUAGCUCGAGUUAGCAAAUCUUCCCAUGAAAACUUUUAUGAAAUUCUAAUGAUAACUGCCAAUCAUUUGCAACACUUGGUUAUUAUCAAUUCAACACUGAAGUUUGUUAAAAGUCAUUUAGAAAACAAUCUUUUGGGACCGGUCACCACGGAAAAUAUCACAACUUUACAACGCACAUUAAAAAGCUAUAAAGGAACUAUAAAAGAGCUUAAGAAGACAACAAAAUAUUUGGCUGGUUUUAGCCCACCUAAAAACCCUCUUUACAUUGACUACGAUGAAUACCUGGCCGAACGUAAACGUUCUAAAAUAAAAUAUUAUUUUAAGUAUACUACAAUAGCCAUAGGCAUAUCUGUAUUUAUAUGCUUAAAAGUAAAGCAAUUGUUCUAAAG